AGCCUGUCUUGACUCUAGCUCUGGCACCAGCUGCAGAGUCUUCAUCUGGAAGAGCUGCAACUGGUCAGGGGGAAGGGGCAUUCCCCCCACUGGACCAACAUACUGCCCCGCUGAUCUUUGCCGCUGUCAUCUCGGACCCGCUUCAGAUCACCCUUAUCUUAAAGGCCAAAAAUGGAAAGCGUUCAGGAGCUGAUCCCUUUCGCCAAGGAAAUGAUGGCCCAGAAGCCAAAUGGGAAGAUGGUGAAGUUAUAUGUGCUGGGCAGCGUGCUGGCCUUUUUUGGAGUCAUGAUUGGCUUGCUGGAGACUGUAUGCAGCCCCUUCUAUGCCAGCAGAUGGCUUCAGGAGGAUGAGGAAGCAGUGGUACUGGCUGCCAGGCUCCAGGAGUCCAGAAGAAGGGAAGCCCUGCUGGAGAAAAGCAAGCAACAAGAAGCUCUGGGGGGUCGGAGCCUCUCCCAUCGCCAACAUGCCUCCUAAAAUUAGAACAGACCCGAAAGAAGUAAGCCUCCCCAAGAGUGGGAGGAAGAGAGCCCCAGUUGACGGUACAGGUGGUGCUGCACUUGAAUUUGGGAAGCUUCUGAUUUCUGAGGAAGAAAUCUAGGACUGUGGCAGAAGGGUUCUACAUACACGUUUGGGGUAUAGGUUUUGCUGCUGUGCAGCAGUAGAGAGGGCUGAUCUGUCCUAAUAACCAUAUAUACCUUUAUGGUAUCUGAGUGCACAGGACACACUGCACUCUGGAGAAAGGGUGGCAACAUGCUUUCAUACUAUCAUUAAUAUUAUUACAGCUAUCAUUAUUUUGCAUCUUGAAAUAAAAUAAUUUUAUAAUUAUUGGGGGGUUCUGCUUAUAUGGGUGGCAGGUGGUGGUAAGAGAUGGGUUCUAAGAUCCUCUGGAGAAUCCUGGGAUUUGGGGACUUAAAAGGAAGAGGAAAAAGCAGUUUUCUGAAGGUCACACUGUGUAGCUCUAGUACUUAGAAAUCUAGUACCUUUAUGAACUCUUCUAGGUUUAGUAAUGGAGAAUGAGGAAACUCUUUGUUCAAUCCUAUUAAGGCUAAUCUUAUCCUAUGUAGAGACUAACAGGUUCCAUAUCAGGGUGGUAUAAAAAAAAGUGCACUGAAUUUAUAGAACCUGAACUCAAAACCUGACUCUGCUACUUACUACCUACACCAUGUGACCUAGAACAUGGCACUUCAUUUAGUCCCUGACUUUCUCCAUGUAGAAAAUGAUGGGGUUGGACUUCUAGCUGUAAAUGGUAGGAAUUAAUAAGCAGAGGAGAAAAGCUGUCUACCUGACAUUAUUCAGGAGAUGUAUGACUUGGCCUUUUUUUCCCUAAUUGCAUUUUGGUACAAAUAAAUUGAGAGAGAAAAUGAGGA